UGGGGGUCAUGCCUGCCUACAGUGCUGCGGAGGACGCCUUGACCACCAAGUUGGUCACCUUCUACGAGGGCCACAGCACCAGCUCCGCUGUCCCCUCCCACCAGGCCACUGUGCUUCUCUUUGAGCCCAGCAACGGCUCCCUCCUGGCGGUCAUGGAUGGAAGUGUCAUAACUGCAAAGAGGACAGCUGCGGUGUCUGCCAUCGCCACCAAGUUUUUGAAACCACCCAGCAGUGAAGUGCUGUGCAUCCUGGGGGCUGGGGUCCAGGCCUACAGCCAUUACGAGGUCUUCAUAGAGCAGUUCUCCUACAAAGAGGUGAGGAUAUGGAACCGCACCAAAGAAAAUGCCCAGAAGUUUGCGGACACAGUGCAAGGAGAGGUGCGGGUCUGUUCAUCGGUCCAGGAGGCUGUGACAGGAGCAGAUGUGAUCAUCACGGUCACCAUGGCAACAGAACCCAUUUUGUUCGGUGAAUGGGUGAAGCCAGGGGCUCACAUCAAUGCCGUGGGAGCCAGCAGACCCGACUGGAGAGAGCUGGACGACAAGCUCAUGGAGCAGGCCGUGCUGUACGUGGAUUCCCGGGAGGCCGCCCUCAAAGAGUCUGGAGAUGUCCUCCUGUCAGGGGCUGAGAUCUUCGCUGAGCUGGGAGAGGUGGUGAAGGGCGUGAAGCCAGCCCACCGGGAGAAGACCACAGUGUUCAAGUCUCUGGGAAUGGCGGUGGAAGACCUGGUUGCAGCCAAAUUCGUGUUCGAUUCCUGGUCAUCUGGUAAAUGAAACGCAGCGCUGCGUGCUGAAGCGGGUGCUACAGAUCAAGGGGUGUUGCCUCUAGUUGACUCAUAAUUUCUAGAUCGAGUGAGGGAACCCAGUGCCCAGUGAGCUACAGUUUUGUGCCCAUUAUGUCUUAUCUUAAGUAGUGAGAACCCCACUUGUGUUUGUAGUUAGAAAGUGAAAUCGGGCGGCCAUCCCUCUGUCCCCCAGAUUCCAGCAGCACCCCCUUUCCAGGUACCUCACUAGCUUCUGUAACUCCUGGAAAUAAAGCAUUUUCCAUUUCUGCA